GUGUAGGGUUAUUGUAAGUGCAUAGUAAGAAAAAUGGAGACUUCCCAACUGUAAGAUGUAUGUAUGAACAAUCAUUCUCUCAGCCUAAAAAUGUAAGAUGUUUUGGUGUCCCAAUUAGCAGUCACUUUUUUGGCCAAUCUUGGACAAGUAACAGAAGAAUUUAAGGCCCAUUUGCUUAAAAUUCAAGUAUUGAGUUGGAAUUCAGAAUGAGGCACUCCGGGUAAGCUCUUUGGUAUAGAAUAGGGCUGCUUCUCCUACCAAUAAUAAACCAUCACUCCUCUUAAUAAUCAUCAGUUUGGUUUUCUUCUUCCUUUACGCCUUCCUCCCUCUCCGCCCUUCAUCUUUUUCCCCGAAUGCGUCGGAGAAGAAAAUGGAGAACCUGCUGCCAAGUUUCAUGAAAGAAAUAAUGCCGGUGAGAGGGAGGAUAGGGGCGGUGAACAUGGAUUAUGAAUGGAAUAGUAAGGCGGUUUCCGACAGCGGGGAAUUCAUCGUCCACGUCAAGUGGGAGGAAGCCUCGGGGCUCUUGGAAUGGAAAGAUCUGUUCCCGGAGUGGAUCGACGAGGAGGAGGAGAUGGACGGCGGCACUUACUGCCCCGAGAUCCCUAUGCCGGCGUUUGCCGACUACCCCCACGUGUUCGACUUGGUGGUGGCGAAACUGCCGUGCAAUAAUUCCUCCGGCCGAGACGUGCGGAGGCUGCAACUUCACUUGAUCACCGUAAAUUUAGCGGCGAAGAGAGGGAGGCGGGACCGCCGCCUGAGGGUGAAGGUGGCGGUGCUCAGCGAGUGCAGGCCGAUGGUGGAGAUUUUCCGGUGCGAUGAUCUGAAGAAAAGGGCGGGAGACUGGUGGUACUUUGAGGUGGAUAUCAUCAGGCUAGAACAUAAACUUGGGCUGCCCAUUGGUUCUUGUAAUUUGGCUUUGCCUCUUUGGGAUAAAGGCGUAGAUGAAGCGUACAAUAUUUCGAAUGUGGAACAAGACAGAAAGCCGUUAUCUUUAACGGCAAAACGAGAAGCAUACGCCACGGUCCUCCAUUCCACGGAAGCCUACGUUUGUGGGGCCAUAACUUUGGCCCAAAGCCUCCUCCGCACCGGAACCAAACGCGACCUUAUCCUCCUCCUGGACAACCGGAUCUCCCCUUCCAAACGCGACGCUCUCGCCAGAUCCGGGUGGAAGCUCCGGUUCAUCAGCCGGAUCCGGAACCCUAGAUCCGAGAAGGGCAGCUACAACGAGUACAACUACAGCAAGUUCCGGCUGUGGCAGCUCACCCGCUACGAGAAGAUCGUCUUCGUCGACUCCGACGUCCUCGUCCUCCGCAGCAUCGACUUCCUCUUCCGCUUCCCGCAGAUGUCCGCCGCCGGAAACGACGGAUCUCUGUUCAACUCCGGCGUGAUGGUGAUUGAGCCUUCCCACUGCGCGUUCCGCAUGCUGAUGCAGCGCCGGGAGGAGAUCGUCUCCUACAACGGCGGCGACCAGGGGUUCCUCAACGAGGUCUUCGUCUGGUGGCACAGGCUGCCCAGGCGGGUGAAUUUCCUGAAGAAUUUCUGGUCCAAUUCCUCGGUCGAGUCCGGGUUGAAGAACCAGCUGUUCGGGUCGGAUCCGCCGGAGCUCUACGCGAUUCACUAUCUGGGGCUGAAGCCGUGGUUCUGUUACCGGGACUACGACUGCAAUUGGGACAUCAGGGAUCAGCGCGUGUACGCGAGCGACAUGGCACACCGGACGUGGUGGAGGCUCCACGACUCCAUGGAUGAGAGGUUGCAGAGAGAGUGCGGAUUGUCGGAGCAGAGGAAGAUUGAAUUGGAUUGGGAUAGGAAUGAGGCUAGGAGGACGGGGUUACAAGAUGAGCAUUUGAAGAUCAAUAUUACUGAUCCUAGAAGGUUUAAUUAAUUCAUAAUUAAGUGCACAUUUUUCCAUUUCACUUCUUCAUCAUCCUCUUCCUCUUCCUGAUGGAGUUUCUUGUCUUGCUGAUUCAUGGUGUCCCCUGGGCUCUGGCUUGUAUCCACUCACUGGUACGCCUACCCUAUGUAAUUACUAGUCUAAUGUAGUGAGUAUGUUCUCUGUUUUAGUCUUCUUCUUCUUCCUCUAUUCCAUUUUAUGACACACACGAGUGAAGAUCUUUGUUAGGACUGAUUUGCAGUU